CGUCACCGCAAGCUGCUUGAGCUGGAGCUGCAGAUCUGCCGCACUUGGACACCGGCAGUCCAAAGACCCCAAGCAAAAAAUAAACCAGCAAAAGGUGUCGUUCCUGCUGUGUGGCACAGCUACCGCCAUCUCUGUUCCUCCCGGCGAUCGAUCGCCGCUGCGAUGCAGCGCUGGCUUCCGGCCCUGCUCCGUCGCGCGGCUGGCGCGAAUGGAGACAGAGCCCCCGCCCGCCGGUGGCUCUCGUCCUCAUCCUCCCGCCUCUUUCAUGGCACCCAGGAGCAGAAGAUCGGCAGCAAGCUGCGCGUCAUGGGGCUGCCGGUGGACAACUCGGAGGCGCCCCGGCCACACGUCGUGGAGGACUGCCGCGGCGUGCUGCAGCUGCUGAGCGACGGGACCAUCGUCCGGUCCUCGGCCGCGGCCUACACGGUGGAGGACCGCGACGACGGGCGCGUCGAGUGGAGGGACGCCGUGUACGACUCAGCCCGUGGCCUCGGCGUGCGCAUGUACAGGCCGCGCCUGCGAGAAGGGAAGGGGCGGCGGCUGCCUGUGCUGGCCUACUUCCACGGCGGCGGCUUCUGCAUCGGCAGCUACACCUGGCCCGGCUCCCACGCCUGCUGCCUCCGCUUCGCCGACGAGCUUCCCGCCGUCGUGCUCUCCUUCGACUACCGCCUCGCGCCGGAGCACCGCAUCCCGGCAGCCCACGAGGACGCCGCCACCGCCCUCCUCUGGCUCCGCGACCGGCUACUCGACAAUGCUGAUGACGGCGACGACGUCCACGCCUGGCUCGCCGAUGCCGGCGCCGAUCCGGGGAGGCUGUUCGUGUCCGGCGACUCCGCCGGCGGUAACAUGACUCACCACGUGGCCACGCGGUUCAAGGCGGAGGGGCUCAGCCCGGCCAAGAUAUCCGGGUACGUCCUGCUCAUCCCGGCGUUCGACUCCAAGACGCCGACCCAGUCCGAGCUGCUCUCUGCGGGCACCGCAGUCCUGAGCCGCGAGGUUGCCGAGCGGUACAGCCGGCUCGCUCUGCCGGUCGGUGCUAACAAGGACCACCCGAUGCUGAACCCGCUCGGGCCGGACAGCCCGAGCCUGGAAGCCGUCGGCGGCCGCAUGCUCGUCGUCGUCGGCGGCGACGACAUGCUCAAGGACAACCAGGUGCGGUACGUGGAGCAGAUGAAGGCUGUGGGUAACGACGUGGAGCUCGUGGUGUUCGCCGGAAAGGAGCACGGAUUCUUCUCGAGGAACCCGUGGUCGGAGACGGGCACCGAGGUCGUCCGAGCCGUCGGGCGGUUCAUCCACAGAGACGCUGCCGAUUCUCACGAUAUUAAUUAAUGUGUUGUAAUAUUAUUGUAAUCUCGGCCAGGACCAUGAGUGGCAGUCUGGCAGAUCGAGCGGGCCGAGGAUUGCAGGCAGCACCAGGCGACCACCAGUGCUCUGCCCAGAUCUGGAGAAAUGCAGAGCCUGGAACGCGUUUUGUUCUUUCAAACUUUAGAGCAAGUAAUAAAGCUGACUCAGCAAGCUAUAACAAUUAAAA